AUGGGAGGCCAGCUGCCUCGCCCAGACCUAGAACGCUGCCACGAGCGGAGCGCCGCCGCCAGAACCCAGCCGCCGUGGGGCUGUACCGCCAGCAGCGCGCCAUCGGGCGCCACUCCGUGCGCCGCGCCGCCGGUGCCGGCCGACUGCCCCACCCCGCAACAGGCAUCGGACAGCGGCGAGGAUGACGUCACAGACGGGUCGGAGCUGCACGACUGGGUUGUUCAGAGUCCGGCGGCGAACCUGGGCCAGGACCCAGCGGCGACGGGCGGCAGCGGCGGCUGCAAGCCGAGGGGCGCGCUCUCACGCCUCUUCCGACCGGACCCCAACGCCAGACCGGCCGGCAAGCUGCGCAGCGGGACGACGGCAGCCAUCUGCCAACCUGACAUCGCCGAGGCUGGCGGAUCAACAAACGAGAAGCAGCAAUCAGAAGGUGGAGGUAAAGCAUCGCGGAAAAUGCAGGAGUUCUCCAUUCUCAGACCUUUCCACAAAAAACAAACGUCUGAGGGCGCAAGACCUUCAGCGGUGGCGUCGCCGGGGGACCUCUACAUCGGCCCGCUGCCGCACAGCCCGAGCUCGUCCGGCGACGACGCCAGCGACGAGGAGGCAAGCACAGCCUUCCGGCUGGAGCAGCUGGAGGGCGGCCGUAACUCUCUGGCUGAAUGGCUGGCGCGGCCGACGCCCGAGGGGCGACUGGAGCGCGCGCCGCCGCGCAGCCCCACCCCGGAGUCCUGCCUGCCCAGCUACCCGGCCGGCGACUCCGUCACGUGCUCCGGACUGGCAGCGGAGUCUGCCCCAACCACCGGGCCAGCGGGGAAGGUCGCCGACCUGGAUUGCGGCCCGCGGCGGAAACGGCAGGCGCCGAAGCCGCCGGCCGCGACAACGACCGGUGUCGCGUCGUCACCACCGCCUGCCGGUGAUCCGUCGCAGCUCGACGGUCGGUCCGCAGCAUCAGGCCCGGCCUCGGGGUCAGGGCCGGCCUCGGGGCCUGGCCACGUCUCGGCAGGCGCCGGCCACCGAGUGACGUCAGUCCGGCCCCGGCGCGAUGACGUCACCUGGACUGCCGAACAGAUGCGCGCCUACAUGGAGGGCUGCGGCGGCAGCGAGGCGGGUCGUCUGGGCCUGACAGACUGGACCGGGGACCCCGGGGCGGCGUGGGAGCCUGGCUUGCGGCCCCACUCGUCAGUGGGCAUUGCGGCUGCUGACCCGCGCGACCGCAAAAUGUCAACACUGUCAGCAAAGUCGAUGCCAGCGUUUCAUACACAAAAGACACGCAGUCUAGCGAAAGCAACAAAGAAAGCAGUGGGCGGGAUGUUCUCGCAUUUCCACGGAUUCUCUAAGCGCAGGUCGAGCGAGUCGGUGGCCUGUGGGAGGGAGCAGCCGACUGCAACGGCGAGAUCCAGCCGCGUCCGGCGGGACAAGCAGCGGGGGCUUCCCAGCUUUCUGGGGUGGCGCCGCGGCUCGGCGGCGCCGGCCUUGGGCCAGUGCGGCCCUGAGGCGGCACGUCUCUGGGCCGACUCCCUCUCGGCGCUGCUCGGCUCCGAACGGGGCUUGUCAUUGUUCAGGACGUUCCUGCUGCAAGAGUUCGCUGAGGAAAACCUGGACUUCUGGCUAGCUGUUGAGGAAUUCAAGAGAACAGAUGAAGCCAACAUGGCUGACAGGGCUCGGGAAAUCUUCAGCGAAUAUGUCGCCUCCACUGCUCCGAAGCAGAUCAACGUGGAGUCGGCCACGCGGGCCGCCAUAGCCUGCGGCCUGUCGCAGCCGACGUCGGCACUGUUCGACGCAGCCCAGCGUCGUGUCCACCUGCUGAUGGAGAGCGACACGUUCUGCCGCUUUCUGCGCUCCAAGGCGUACCUCGCGCUGCUAGAGGAGCGGUAGGGGCGCUCCGGCCUUCGCGCUGCUAGAGGAGGCUCCGGC